AUGUCCCCCAGAACCAUCGUCGUCGUUGGAGCCACUGGCCUGCAGGGAGGCUCUGUUGUCGAUGAGUUCCUCAAGUAUCCCGACCAGUAUCGGGUUAGAGGCCUCACUCGCAAUGUCUCCAAGCCGGCCGCCCUGGCUCUCUCCGCAAAAGGAGUCGAUGUUCAGGCCGCAGACCUCGAUCUCGGCCACGAAGCUCUGCAAAAGGUCUUUGCCGGGGCGAACAUUAUCUUUGCCCUGACAGACUUUUGGGCCUCGAGAUCCAAGGUCGUGGAAGUCGCUCAGGGGAAGGCCCUGGCCGAUGCCGCUGCCAGGAUCCCCACGCUGGAGCACUUUGUAUGGAGCGCUCUUCCUGACCCGAUGGAGCUCUCUCGAGGGAGAUUGUACCACGUGCACCACUGGAAGAGCAAGGCAGACGUGACGGAAUACAUCAAGACGCAGAAGCCCGAGCUGUGGGAGAAGACGACGACGAUUCUGUUUCCCAACUACUUCGAGAAUUGUUUGACUUAUCCCCAGCGGUAUUUGCCUCGUCAGCAGAUCUCGGGAAAACUUGUACGCGAGUUUCCCCUCUCCGCGGACACGAUUUUGCCGAACGUCGCCAUUACCGACACCGGAAAGCUCGUUCGGGCCGUCGUGGAGGACAAAACGAAGUAUUUCGGGAGGACCAUUGCAUUCUGGUCACAGGGACUAUCGGAGGGCGAAAAGCUAUCUAGGCUUGGGAGCGAACUCGUGAUUCCGUUCGAGUACAAGAAGUCAACCCCAGAGCAGUUCCAACAAGAACUGGAGGCAGCUGGCCUGGCACCAGAGACUGCUCUAGACUUUACCGAACAGCUUUUGAUGUUCGAGUAUUUCGGGAACGUGUAUGCGAGCCACGACCUUGUCCAGGCUAGGGAGAUCCCUGGCCUGUCGUUGAAGACGUGGGACGAGUUCAUCCGGGAGCACAAGGACGAGCUGAUGGCCAAGAUUGAAUCGGGAGACGGGCCAUCUCGGUGGUGA